AUGCAUAUUACAUUAGGUCAGGCCAUUUGGGCUUCAGUGAAGCCAAUUAUUAAAAUUUAUUUAAUUAUUGGGACAGGGUUUUUCCUGGCUCGAAUGAAUAUUUUAACUGCAGAAGCAACAAGAACAAUUAGUGAUAUCGUCUUAACAAUUCUUUUGCCAUGUCUUUCAUUUAAUAAAAUUGUGGCCAAUAUUGAAGAUAAUGAUAUUAAAAACGUGGGGAUUAUAUGUUUGAGUUCCGUAUUAAUCUUUGCCACAGGUUUGUUUUUUGCUUGGGUAAUUAGAAAAGUUAUGCCUGUACCAAAACAAUGGUCCGGUGGGAUUUUAGCAGGUGGGAUGUUUCCAAAUAUUAGUGAUUUACCAAUUGCUUACAUUCAAACCAUGGACCAAGGUUUUAUUUUUACUCCACAAGAAGGUAAUAAAGGGGUUGCUAAUGUUAUUAUCUUCUUGGCCAUGUUUUUGAUUUGUGUCUUUAAUUUAGGUGGGUUUAGACUAAUUGAAAAUGAUUUUAAAUAUAAUGAUGAGGAGAAUGCAGUCCAUGAGGAUGAAUAUUCAAAUGAUGAUAAUGAUGAUAAUAAUAAUGAUAGUAAUCAGGACGAUUCGUUGAACCAACAUAGUUCUUUAUCAGACUCGAUAUCAGAUGAAAAGAACGGGAAUAGUAUUGAGAGCGACAAUUCAGAAAAGGAAAAUAAUGUAUUGAGGCAAAGAAAUUCAAAUUCUGCGUCUGACUCGCUUCAAAAUAGUGAAUCUUUAGAAUCUUCACUGGAUGACAACGAAAUGCAGGCAAUCCCACAACCAUAUCGUAGAAAUGAGAAGCAGGAUGCUACUGAUAAUAAUAAUAAUGGCAGUAAUAGAAACAGAUUAAACGAAAAUGACAGUAACAAUGAAAAUACAUCUUUACAUGAUCAAGUAUCAAUACAAAAUUCUCUUUUGACUACAGAAUCCUUACCUGCAUCUUCUAUAUGUACUCAUAGUUCUAUUGAUAGUGACGAAUAUUCAACAACUUAUGAUGUUAGAGAUAAUAUUGACAGAACUCGAUCCCAACCUAUUGCAUUAACCUCGAAAGGACCAGAAAAUAGAAGAAAUAGGAACUUUCAUCAUCAACGUUUUCAUAAGCAGAACAGAAAUAGAAAUAUCGCCACAGGUUAUCAAUCCUAUGAAAAUACUAUAAACAACCUGGAUCGUGUUGUAUCUUUGAGAUCUAUUGAAAGUCGUGACUUACCGCCACAAACAAUGCAAGAUAUUAUUCGUGAAUAUUCUAAUGUUGAUCAAUUUGGUAGACCUAGAAGAUCUUCAUUGGUAUCUGAUGCAUCUAGUAUUCAUUCGUCAUUCUCUCAUCAAUCUACAUUGGAAAGAAUUAAAUCAUCCAAUUUGACUAAAAUGUUGACAUCAGAUGCUACGGUCAGUAAAAAAGAUAUAGAAGAAUCAGGUUCUUCCCUACCUAAAUGGCUAAGAAAAUUUCCAUUGGUUUCAUUAAUUGUAUUUUUCAUGAAAAACUGUUUAAGACCAUGUUCUAUGGCAGUUAUUAUUGCUUUGAUUAUUGCAUUUAUUCCAUGGGUUAAAGCAUUGUUUGUCACUACACCAACUACUCCUCAUAUUAGACAAGCACCAGAUGAACAACCUGCAUUAAGUUUCUUGAUGGAUUACACCAGUUAUGUGGGUGCGGCAUCAGUGCCAUUUGGUUUGCUUUUGUUAGGUGCCACUUUAGGUCGGUUGAAAAUCGGGACUCUAUACCCGGGUUUUUGGAAAUCAGCAUGCUUAUUAGUCAUUUUGAGACAAUGUGUCAUGCCAAUCUUUGGUGUUUUGUGGUGUGACCGUUUAGUAAAAGCAGGAUGGCUUAACUGGACAGAUGAUAAAAUGCUUCUUUUUGUUAUAGCGAUUACCUGGAAUCUACCCACAAUGACUACUUUGAUUUAUUUCACUGCAUCAUAUACACCAGUGGAUACUACAAAUCCAAUUCAAAUGGAAUGUGUUUCAUUCUUUUUAAUGUUACAAUAUCCACUGAUGGUGGUUAGUUUACCAUUUUUAGUUUCAUAUUUCUUGAAAGUUCAAAUGAAAUUAUAG